AUUAUCGUUGGAGAAACUGCAGUGUUUUGUCUACAGUUAGCUACAAAGGAUUUUGAAAACCAAGAAAAAACAAUACUAACUGGAGACUGUUGUUAUAUAAAUCCACUGGUGCGCAGGACCAUCAGAUUCCUUGGAAUUUACGCAUUUGGACUGUUUGCUACGGACAUCUUUGUAAAUGCUGGACAAGUAGUAACAGGGAACCUUGCACCACAUUUUCUUGCACUUUGUAAACCCAACUAUACAGCACUUGGAUGUAAACAGUAUACACAAUUCAUCAGUAGCGUACAUGCCUGUACUGGAAAUCCCGACCUUAUCAUGAAAGCCAGAAAGACAUUCCCAUCCAAAGAAGCAGCGCUAAGCGUAUAUGCAGCUAUGUAUCUGGCUAUGUAUAUCACCAACACAGUAAAAGCCAGAGGAACAAGGCUUGCAAAACCUGUUCUGUGUUUGGGUUUAAUGUGCUUGGCUUUCCUUACUGGAAUCAACAGAGUAGCAGAGUAUCGAAAUCACUGGUCAGAUGUAAUAGCAGGAUUUAUAAUCGGAAUAUCUAUAGCAGUAUUUUUGGUUGUUUGUGUGGUAAAUAACUUCAGAGGACGUCAGCCAGAACAUGAACAUUCUCAUAUGGAUAAUAUGGCCCAGAUGCCCAUCAUCAGCAUACCCCGAGUAGAAAGCCCUUUAGAAAAGAACCACAUCACGGCCUUUGCAGAAGUCACAUGAUGUUGACGCUGAUGUGUAUUCACUCCAUUGGACUUCAUCUCUUUUCACAGCCCACACACGAUAAUUGCAGUGUAUCAAAAAUAAGAAAUUUUUAGAAGUCCUAUUUCUGACUUGAUUUUUACAUCAUUAAAAUGAUACCAACAUUUUGAAGAAUUCUUAAAUAUUAGAACGUCACCUUACUUUUUAGCAAAAAUAUUAACUGUUUACUUUUUGAAUGGAAUGGGACAAACUGAGCACUAAUUAUCUGACAAUACCCUCUGUUUUGGCUUCUCAUUGUUUUUAAUGGUUCAUGUACCUAUUCCAACAGUACUUCGUAUUUUGAUUUGACUUCGAUUUUUAAAAUCUCCAUCUUUAAUUCAGCAUGAACUUGUUUCCAUUUGAGGCGAUUUCAGUGUAUAAAAACUAGACAAAUAUUAUGUUCUGUAUGAAAAUGCUGUUUGCACAUUGUAUUAUGCCGUAUUCCAUGUAAGAUAUCAUUCAAACAGUAUGUUAUAUGUAAGACUGGUGCUUCUGCUUUUGAAGAGGAAAAAAAUGCCAAUUUUUACUGUAAUAAGUAUUGUAUCAUAAUUAAGAGUUUAUUUAUUUGGAUAUUUUCCUGACAUAAUUGUAGUUGAAUUGUUGUUUUGUAGUUCUUGAAUGUCUUGGAUGAUAUAUAUGUAUCUAGGUUAAAAGAAAUGAAAAUAAUAUAGAAAGUUUGAUCAUUGAUAUAUUCUUUAUUACUAAUGAUAUCCCAUGAAAGGUUAAGGGCUCCAUUCUUAGCUCAGCAUAUCUGGUGGGAGGCCAUGCUAUUCAUAAAUUGUUUA